CAUUUUGUGUUUUCUUUGCGCAUAACAUUCUUUACUUAAAGCCGGUGUGGUUUCACUCAAAAGUCUCACCACCACACAGUAUUCAGCUUUUAAUAUAUUACAAACAUCUUAUCAGGGAAGAAUGUACAAGAGAUGAUAAGAAACAUUCAAAAUAAGGUUUUCGAGCUGAAUUCUAUCCCACGAGCAAAUUUUCAACAUCAGCACAUCAGUCCAUUUACUGUGCUAUUCAUUCGCCAUCCUGCACUCGAGCGUGCAGACUGUACCAACCUGCGUUCUGAAACAGGUUUAGUGAUAUUUUCGGUCGGAUCUUAGUGUCAGCCAUCAUGAGUAGUUUGUCGCGUUUCCGUUUAAUCACAUUCGAUGUGCAUAAUACGUUGCUACAAAUUCGAUCUGCGCCUGGUAAAAAGUAUGGCGAAUUGGGAGCUAUGUUCGGUAUAAGUAACAACAAUAGCCAAUUAGUGUCAAAUUAUGUGCAGAGUUGGCGCAAGAUGAACCGAUUGCAUCCAAACUUUGGACUGAAGACCAAAAUAGGAUAUAAGCAGUGGUGGCAAAUGAUGAUAGGAGGAAUCUUCAAUGAAAAUGGUACACAUAAUAUCCCGGACGACAAAAUUGAGCAAAUGACCGAACACUUCAUGGAUUUUUUCAAAACCAGCGGUUUCUGGCAGCACUGUUAUGGUUCUGUCGAUUUCCUUAAUUACUUAAAACUCCAAAGACACUUGGAAUCUAGCGGUAGCAAGGAACCCCCGUACAAACUGGGUGUGAUUUCCAAUUUUGACCCACGAUUAGAUGUUUUACUGAGGAACAUGAAAAUUAACCACUAUUUCGACUUUGUGUUGAAUUCCUACGAUGUAGGGUACAUGAAACCUGCGAAAGAAAUAUUCGCCACUGCCAUGAAUGUUGCUGAAUUGAAAGAUUUAAAGCCACAAGAGUGUUUGCACAUUGGCGCUACGCCAGUGACGGAUUACUUUGGAGCGAGAAAUGCAGGGUGGUACGGACUGCUGGUGCACGAAAAAUCUGCAGAUGAACUCACGCGAAAAUAUGGACAAACGGUGGAUGACAACCAUGUAUUUUCUAGUCUGUUUGAUAUUCACAAAAAGAUUUCCAACGAUUACAUGAAAUGGUAAAUAAAAA